UCGCAUAAAUCUCACAUACAUGAGUACACAAGUCUGGAGAAUUUUACCACCAAAAAGAAUUUGAUGCAAAACAAAGUGCGAUGCUAUUAAAUAAAAUCGAUUUCAUCCUUUUCUUUUAGGCCAUAUCAAACAAAAUAGUCUCUUGAAUGCUUAUGAAAUCGGUUAUCAGUGCUUAAUCAGGCGAUAUCCAAAUCAUUGUUGUGAACUCUUUGAUUUUUUUUCUUCAAACAUGGCUCCUCAAACCAGAUUGAUGAAGAAAAAGGAAGAGAGAAAGAGAGAGAGAGAAGAAGAAAUGGCUCGCAUUUGUUCAACACACCGAUUCGAUUUUAUCAUUCAUGCAUCUCAACGACAAAAAUCCAUUAGAGUGACCCGUUCGUUAACCCGUGCGCUCAAAAUCAUUGGAAUCGUACUUCCAACCGAAUCAUUGCCGAAAAAAAUUCGUCAACGCCGAAACACAUGUCCACUGCCAAGGACAACAAUAAAGCCAGGCCGUCGCUCAGCUCGCUCGCACACACUACAAAUUGAUUGCUCUCCCCUUCCACCGAAUGAAUGGUGCAUUUGCCGACGCAGUUCAUUUGGUAAUAUGAUAUUUUGCGACAAUCCAACCUGCUUAAUCAAGUGGUUUCACAUGGAUUGCUUGGGCAUGGGAAACACAAUACCGAGUGGUCAAUGGUUCUGUCAAAACUGUGCAUUACUUCAACCGUGAAUUCUUCACGAAAUAAUUAACUUAGUUAAGAUUUCAACCGACUGAAAACAGCCCCAUAAAUUACCAUUAAAAAUAUGAAAUCUACAAUGCAGUUGCAGCUCUAAAAUUUGCUAAAGUCUUGUGUUCAAAAGCAAUUCAGAUGUGUUCAUCGUAUACAUAUAGGUUUAUUUAUCGAAUAAGAUUUCAUUUUUCGUUCUGAUUUGAUCUCGUGAGUACAGACAUCAGUUAAGUAAAAAACUUAUCGCCAAAA